AGUUUGAAGUUAACAAUUUUCGCGCCCGCGCCAAACAUGAAGUUUCCUAGAUCAUCGACUGAUCGAGAAUAACACGAACAAGCCUAAUUUAAUACUUUGUCUUUGAUAUUGUUCUGUCGAAUACGUACAUGUACCAGGCUGACACAUAUUUUGAAGUAUUACUGAUGCGUUUGGAGGCUUUGAAUUUGGACAAAACUUCACAUGAGAGGCAGAAAGUUAAAAUAAUUAUCACUGAGUGUCUGUUCAGAUUUCGGAAUGGUUCUGCAGAACAGCGGCCGCUACAGGGCCGACCGCAGUGAGAACGCCGAUGGUUCCGGGGGAGGUGGUAGAAGAUUGGAGGAUUCAUCCGAGGCCAGACUACAGAGGGCGACAAUCAAUGACGAAUUGGAUUCAUUGUAUGGAUUUGAUCGCUACAAAGAACCCGCUGAGAGGGUGGGAUGGCUCAUCAACAUGCAUCCAGCAGACAUUUUGGAUGAGAGUAAAAAGUUAAUCAGUGCUGUGGACUACUACUUCCUACAAGAUGAUGGUAGUCGUUUCAAGGUUUCCCUCCCGUUUAAACCUUACUUCUACAUCGUCACCAAGAAGGAAUGUGAGAGGGAGGUAUCCGCAUACCUGACUCGGAGACAUGCUGGAACGCUUGCUUCAGUGGAAACAGUCUACAAGGAAGACCUUGACUUGCCAAAUCACUUGGUGGGUCUGAAGAGAUGUUGCCUGAAGCUAAGCUUCCACUCGACACAGGAUCUAAUGAAGGUGCGACGAGAGAUCAUGCCGAGGGUUCGCAAGAAUCGAGAGCAUGAGAAAUCUUCCUCUGCAUAUACUGCCCUUCUAACCAGCCAUCUAACUGGGAAUGGUAGUACUGUUGGCAGCAAAGGAGGCAAGAAGAUCAACGAUCAGAUGGAUAAUAUACUUGAUAUCAGAGAAUAUGAUGUCCCUUACCAUGUUAGAGUAGCUAUUGAUAAGAAGAUACAUGUGGGUCAUUGGUAUUCAGUGCAGGGACGAGGAUCUAUGGCACCUAUCAUCAAACAGAGAGAUGAUUUGUUAGAAAGACCGGACCCAGUAGUACUUGCCUUUGAUAUUGAAACCACCAAGCUUCCUCUCAAGUUCCCUGAUGCAGAGACCGACAGUGUCAUGAUGAUCUCAUACAUGAUAGAUGGACAGGGUUAUCUAAUCACUAAUCGUGAGAUCAUCUCAGAAGAUGUAGAAGACUUUGAAUACACCCCAAAGCCUGAGUUCGAAGGACCCUUCAUCGUUUUUAACGAGGAGAACGAGAUGGCCUGCCUUCAGAAAUUCAUCGAUCACGUCGUCGAGAUCAAACCCAACAUCAUUGUCACAUACAAUGGAGACAAUUUUGAUUGGCCUUUCAUCGAGACCAGAUAUAAACACCAUGGUAUUGAUAUGUAUAGAGAGAUUGGAUUUCAGAAGGAUGCAGCUGGUGAAUACAAGUGCAGAAGUGUGAUACAUAUGGAUGCUUAUAGAUGGGUCAAGCGUGACAGCUACCUUCCCGUUGGCUCUCAGAAUCUAAAGGCAGCAUCCAAGGCCAAGCUUCGAUACGACCCUAUUGAGAUGGACCCGGAGGAGAUGUGCCGCAUGGCCAGUGAGCAACCACAGACCCUUGCCAACUACUCCGUCUCGGAUGCUGUGGCGACGUACUAUCUGUACAUGAAAUAUGUGCAUCCUUUUAUCUUCGCACUGUGCACCAUCAUUCCUAUGGAACCUGAUGAGGUCUUGCGAAAGGGAUCUGGAACUCUUUGCGAGGCUUUACUGAUGGUCCAGGCCUUCCAUGCCAACAUCAUCUUCCCAAACAAACAAGAGGCAGUCUUCAAUAAGCUGACCAGGGAUGGCCAUGUCUUGGAGACGGAGACUUACGUCGGAGGUCACGUUGAGGCGCUGGAAUCUGGUGUAUUUAGAAGUGACCUGCCUUGCCGCUUCCGAAUGGUCCCUGAGGCUUUCCAGCAGUUGAUAGAGGAUGUUGAGAGAACAAUGAAGCAUGCCAUCGAGGUCGAGGAGAAGAUCCCGCUCAGCACCGUCACAAACUUUGAAGAGGUCUGUGAGGAGGUCAAGGAAAAGUUAGCUGCACUCCGGGACAACCCUGCCAGGCUUGAGAAUCCUGUUAUCUAUCAUCUUGAUGUCGGAGCUAUGUACCCUAAUAUAAUCCUUACUAACAGGUUACAGCCUUCAGCCAUGGUAGAUGAAGCCGUUUGUGCAGCGUGUGAUUUCAACAAACCAGGAGCUAGAUGUCAGAGAAAAAUGGCAUGGAUGUGGAGAGGAGAUUACAUGCCAGCUUCAAGGGGUGAGUAUCACAGGAUUCAACAGCAGCUUGAGAUAGAGAAGAUCCCCCCAGCCAAUCCGGGCGAGCCUCACAGAGUCUUCCAUGAACUUGGUAAAGAAGAACAGGCAAUGCUGGAAAAGAAACGACUUCAAGAGUAUUGUCGUAAAGCGUACAAGAAGACAAAGAUUACGAAGCAAGAAGAAAGAGAUACUACUAUUUGCCAGAGAGAGAACUCUUUCUACGUCGAUACUGUGAGGGCGUUCAGAGAUCGACGUUAUGAGUUCAAAGGGCUUCUAAAGGUUUGGAAGAAGAAGGUCGUUGCUGCGACAGAGAAGGGUGAUGCUGCUGAGAUCAAGAGUGCUAUGAACAAGGAGAUUCUCUACGACUCUCUGCAGCUGGCUCACAAGUGUAUCCUCAACUCAUUCUAUGGAUAUGUCAUGAGGAAAGGAUCUCGAUGGUACUCGAUGGAGAUGGCCGGUAUUGUGUGCUACACUGGAGCUGGGAUCAUAACCCGUGCUAGAGAACUCAUCGAACAGAUCGGGCGCCCUCUGGAGUUGGAUACAGACGGUAUCUGGUGUGUGAUGCCAGCCAGCUUCCCUGAGAACUUUGACAUCAAGACCACCAACCCAAAGAAGCCCAAAGUAGCUGUUUCCUAUCCUGGUGCAAUGCUGAAUAUCAUGGUGUUUGAUUACAACACAAAUGACCAGUACCAGGAGUUGGUUGACCCAAGCAAUUUGACGUAUGAGGUUAGGAGUGAGAAUUCUAUCUUCUUUGAAGUGGACGGACCGUAUCUUGCUAUGAUCCUCCCGGCAUCCAAGGAAGAGGGCAAGAAGUUGAAGAAGAGGUAUGCAGUGUUUAACUUUGAUGGGUCAUUGGCCGAGCUGAAGGGGUUCGAGGUGAAGAGGAACGGAGAGCUUCAGUUGAUCAAGAUCUUUCAAGCGUCUGUCUUUGAAGCAUUCUUGAAAGGCGUAACCCUUGACGAAUGCUACUCGGCCGUUGCCAAGAUUGCCGACUACUGGCUAGAUGUGCUCUACAGCAAGGCUGUGGACAUGCCAGACUGCGAGCUGUUUGACUUAAUCUCUGAGAAUCGGAGUAUGUCUCGCAAACUUGAGGAUUACGGCGAACAGAAAUCCACCUCCAUCAGCACGGCUAAGAGACUCGCCGAGUUCCUUGGUGAUCAGAUGGUAAAGGAUAAGGGCUUGGCGUGCAAGUUUGUCAUCGCAAGGAAGCCAGAGGGUGCCCCUGUCACCGAGAGAGCCAUCCCGCUAGCGAUCUUCCAGGCUGAGCCAAGCAUCAAGAAACACUACCUCAAGAAAUGGCUGAAGUUUCAGACUAUGACAGACUUUGACAUCAGAACGAUUGUAGACUGGAAUUACUACAUUGAACGAUUAGGUAGCUGUAUUCAGAAGAUCAUCACCAUACCAGCCGCACUUCAACAGGUAUCCAACCCAGUCCCACGUGUAGCUCAUCCUGAGUGGCUCCACAAGAAACUUUGUGAGAAGAAUGAUGUCUUCAAACAACAGAAGAUCAGUGAGAUGUUUGUCAGGAAACCAAAAGUUGUGCAACAAGAAACAGAAUCAUCCGUUCCUAUGGAGCCUGAAAGCCAGCCUGAUGUCGUGGAUGUGGAAGACUUUGGGGCUCCCUCUGGAGGUAAGAAAAGGUCACCCAAGGUCGCCGUGGCAACCAAGAGGAAGCGUGACGAUGCUGGGAAGAACGGCAGGAUUGAUAGCAACGGAGCCCUGACGCAGUCUUGGGAGGACGUUCUAGGACCAGCCCCUGAUAUGGGCAGGAAGAGAAAAACUAUCAAAAAGUGGGUGGAGUAUCACAAGCAGAAAUGGGCGUUGCAGGCGAGACAGAGAAAAGAACGUAAACGACGUCGCCUUGACGACGGAAUGGACGCAGGAGUUGGAGGCGUGGUCCGCGCCGUGUCAAGUACCGGGCUUGGAAGCUUCUUCAGACGAACGGCAAAAACCAUGCUGGAUCAGCCUUGGCAGAUAAUUCAGAUCAUGGAAACUGGUCAUCCAGGUCUCUUCAAGCUCUGGGCUCUGAUAGGCUCUGAUCUCCAUCACAUCAAACUAAUGGUUCCAAGAAUCUUUUACGUCAACCAACGAACCCCAAAAGAAGCCACAGAAGGAGCAAUGUGGAGGAAAGUGACCCGUACCUUACCGAGAUCAAACCCAGUCUUGAAUCUCUACCAGUACACCGUACCGGAAGAUGUCUAUCAGCAACAUGCAAAUGAGCUGACGGCAGAUCUAGCAGCUCCCGACAUCGAAGGGGUCUACGAGACACAAGUCCCGCUGGAGUUCAGAGCCUUGAUGAAACUGGGCUGCGUGUGCAUGGUCAACAGACAACAUGCUAAGUUUCUGCUAGGAGGGGAUAUGGAUACUUUUGACCUCAGUCAGCUUGAGUUUAAGACAUUAGCUCAGUUCCAGUACCUUCCUUCUGGGAGCCUUAGAAGGGUCUACUUCUACCAAAACAUUGUAGGCUCCAAGUGCAUGAUGGGAUUGUUUUUCUCAACGUCUGCCAAGGCUACAAUCAUCGCCGUGGAUACGGUCAGGACCAAUCAGAUGCCAAAUCUCACAUCCAUGUACCAACAUGAGAGAAAGGCUAAGUCUGAGCGCAGUAGUGAGAAUGAGCUCCUUCCCCGUGAGGAUCAUACCUUUGACAUCGUGGUGGAGAAGGACAUGAAAAAGGCAUACCGUACCAUUCAUCGAUUGCUGCUAGCAUACAAGGAUGAGAAGCGAGGACCAACGUUCAUCUCCGUACAGGCUUCAUUGAGUAACCGAGAGCUUGUGAGAAGUAUCCCUGCUAUGGAAGAGUUUCCUCUGGUCAAGCUUCACAUCGCUGAGAGUGAGAACAUCUACAGUGUUCUAGAUUGGCAAAGACAAGGUUCCCGUCGUCUGCUACAACACUAUCUCAAUGCUGACUACUUGUUGCUGAGCUACUUAGAGCAGAGUCGUUAUUUCCACAUCCCCGUCGGCAACCUCCCGGAGGAUGCUGGGAUAGCCGGAGCCGAUCUCUUCUUCGCUCGUCAUCUCAACAAACAUGGUCAUGUGAUGUGGGCGUCGCCUACCAACCGACCCGACCUUGGAGGCAAGGAGGCUGAUGAUAAUAGAUUGGUGACCGAGUUUGAUGAAUCCGGUGGAGCAGAGCUAAACCAGAGCGGUUGCUAUCAGACCGUCUGUGUUGAUCUUGACAUGGCCAACCUUGCCGUCAAUACUCUACUACAAUCCCAUCAGGUCAGUGAGCUGGAAGGAGCUGCCGGUAGCAUUGCUUUUGAUGCUAUCCAACAGACAUCAUUAGAAGAUAUGGUAUCGGGGCAGCCAGGAGCAGCAGCAUCCCUCGCUAGCUAUGAUGAAACGGCUCUCUGUACGGUGUCUUUCAGGAUAAUGAAGACGAUGGUUCAUGGAUGGUUACGUGAUGUGACAGCAUACCAUAAUGUCUUUGCUGAUUACCAGAUCAUGCACUAUUACAGGUGGCUCUGUUCUCCGUCAUCCCUCCUGUAUGACCCUGCCUUGCGACGCACCCUCAACGGCCUCAUGAAGAAACUCUUCCUCCAGCUCAUGUUCGAGUUCAAACGCCUCGGUGCGGUCAUCGUCCAUGCCAACUACAAUCAGAUCGUGAUCUGCACGAAGAAGACACGGAUCGUUGACGCCAUCACGUACAUUGACUACGUCACGAACACUAUCAAGUCCAACGAUCUGUUUCAUGGUGUUGAGCUCUCGUACAAACAAUGUUGGCAGUUGCUUAUGUGGCUUGACACAGCCAACCAUGGUGGCGUGAAGGGGAAGAUACCAGAAUCACUUGAAGGAGAUAACAAUGAGAACCCUGAUGAUGAUGAUGAUGUCAUCAUGGCAACACCUCCGAACCAGACAGAUACAGAGGAGGAGGUUGAGAUGAAUUGGAAUAUCAUGCACUAUCUUCCAACUGCUGAGAAUUGCCAGACAACGUUCAAUAUGAUUAUUGCGGGUUAUAUCCUUGCAAUACACAAGCAUAUCAGGGAAGAACAAGAGCGGGCCACACCUGGCAACACGCCCAUCCGUCGCCGUAACAACCAGAGUCAGACCCAGAAGACGCAAGGCGACCCGACCACCACUCCGAGCUUGGUCAGCUACUCUCAAGGAUUGGUGGAUCAAGAGCUGUCACAGAGACUGUUUGCAAUCACCCAAGAUAUCCAGAAGAGAUUGUCUGGUAGCCGACAGUCUCGUCUUGAAGCUUCUUCUGAGUUCCCUCAGCUUCCUGGAUCCUAUCUACCUCUUAACAAUCCUGCAUUGGAGUUUGUCAAGGCAAUCACCAAGGUACUCUCCCUAGAUACAAACAUCAUCAGUCAGGUCAGUCGGAUGAAGCGCAACCUCCUUCGUCUGAUCGGCGUCGGUGAGUUCUCUGACGACGCUGAUUGGCGUGAUCCCUGUCUCUCCUACAUCUUACCAGAGGUCAUCUGUCGUUUCUGUAACCACUGCCGUGACCUUGACCUCUGUCGCGACCCCAUGCUCAUCCAAGAUGGCCAGUCAGCUGUAUUAUGGCAGUGUAUACAGUGCCAGAGUGAGUAUGAUGUAUCAGCAAUUGAAGCAAGUCUAGUGGAGGCUUUGCAGAAGGCUUCUAUGGCUUACACGCUUCAAGAUCUUAGCUGUUCCAAAUGUCACCAGGUUAAGCUGAGUAAUAUGGCAUCUUACUGCGAGUGUGCUGGACAGUUUGCUACAGUUAUUACCCAUGAUGCAUUCAUGAAUAAGAUGAAGACAUUCAGUAACAUCGCCAGGCAUUACGAGAUGAAGCUUCUACAGGAGACAGUAACUAUGAUCCUACGUAUGAAUCCAAUACAUGAUGUAGCUACGAAGGGAUAAAUAAUGGGAGAUACGUCACAUCAUGAACCCAGUACAUGGUGUAUCUACUAAAGGAUGAAUAAUGAGAGAUACAUCACAAACCCAGUACAUGAUGUAUCUACGAAGGGAUGAAUAUUGAGAGAUACAUCACAUCAAAUAUAAGAUGAUUAUUGAGAUACAUCACACCAAAUAUUAGAAAGAUGAUCAACGAGAGACAUCACAUCAAACUUACAGAAGAUGAUUGUUGAGAUAGCCCACACCAAACCCAAGGGAAAUGAUUGUGAAGAUACAUUACAUGUAACAUGAGGGAUGUGAUAAGCCUUACGCCAAACUUAUAAAGGUUGAUCUUCGAGAAAUUUUAUUCCAGACCCAAGGAAGUUGAUCAACAAGAUACUUUACAACAUAAAAUGUAAGGAAGAAAAUCACUUAGAUACAUUCUAUGAGAUAUUUGCCUUACACAAGAUAUUAAACGGGAGUUGGUCUUUGAGAUGCAUCACACCAAACGUAAAGAAGAUGAUCAUCGAUAUGCAUGACAUCAAACAUAAUGGACAUGAUUUGCUUUACACCAAACUUAAGAAAGUAGAUCAUUGAGAUGCAUUACUCUAACAAUGGAAUAUGACAUGCUGGUGACAGUCCCGUUUUAGGCACUGUGCCUCUUUUGUAUACAUUUACAUUGAUAUCUAUAGCAAAUAUCCUUCCUUUUUACCGUUUCUAAACUCUUUGUCCCAUUUGUGGAAUGUUGGAGUCGGCAGUCUUUGAACAUGAGUGGGUUUACAGGAAUAUGUGUCUUUGCGAAUCCAUAUUCAUGAUUAUAUUUUUAUCUUUACAUUAAAUUGUCAUUUUACAUGUUCCUGUCUCUGAUUGUAAAUGACUCCUUGAUGCGAUGUGUGUUUCAGCGAGUCUAUAUUGUAAAAUUAGUUUUACUGCUCUUAAAGGACAAGUCCACUCCAACAAAAAGUUGAUUCGAAUAAAAAGAGAAAAAUCCAACAAGCAUAACACUGAAAAUUUUAUCAAAGUCGGAUGUAAAAUAAGAAAGUUAUGACAUUUUAAAGUUUUGCUUAAUUUCACAAAACAGUUAUAUUCACAUCCUUGUCGGUAUGCAAAUGAGGAGACUGAUGACAUCACUCACUCACUAUUUCUUUUGUAUUUUAUUAUAUGAAAUAUGACAUAUUCCAAUUUUCUCCCUGUUGUUGUGUGAAACAAAGAUGAACUCCUCCCUGAACGUGUGCAUUUCGCAUUGUUUAAUUCUAUUUGGGCCAAUCAAGUUGGUCCUUAUUGCCAAAUCUGUAAAAAAUGAAAUAUUGUAUAAUUCAAACAAUAAAAAAAACAAAAGAAAUAGUGAGUGAGGGACAUCAUCGACUGUCUCAUUUGCAUGCCACUGAAUUGUGCAUAUCACUGUUUUGUGAAAAAUAAGCGAAACUUUAAAAUGUCAUAACUUUCUUAUUUUAUAUCCGAUUUUGAUGAUAUUUUCUGCAUUAUGCCUGUUUGAUUUUUCUCUUUUUAUUCAUAUCAAUAUUUUUCUGGGGUGGACUUGUCCUUUAAUAAAUAGCAUCAUGUAAAGUGUGCCAGAGGCUGUGGAUAACGAGUUGAUUUACUAAGAUGUCUUACACCACACAUACAAGAGUCAUCUCUCCAAGCCUUGAUUAAUGUAUGGUGGAUGAUUACUUUGAUAGUUUGUCUAUGCUAAUUCAUUUCAUUAAGACCAUGAUUCAUGUCCAGUGUAUUGCAGAAUUUUACCAUAUAUCACUUGAAAUUACCAGAAUAAUUUAUUAACAGUUCUUAAUCAAUGGUUCAUUUGUAUUACACGGUACAAGGAGAAAUUUCAGGACAUCAUGCUAUUUUGGGCUUUGCCAUGCACUUCUCUUCUCAAUUUUGUCUUUAAUUGCACUUCAUAUUUCUUCAAGUAACAGAAAUUGGUUUUGAGCAUCAUUCUCUUUUGUUGUCUUUAACCUACAUGUACAUGAUACUAUUUAUACAUACAGUACUCAAAUAUGCUGUUCAUGAGUUGAAAAUUCUUUGUCUUCAUGAUUGUUUUUUUUUUCUCUCUGGCCAAGUUGUGAAGUAUUUUAUGGUUAGAUUUUUAUCAUCAAGCAAUUAAAAAGAAAUUGAACUGUGCUAUUGCAUACUAGUUGUUAUAUUCAUCUGUAUGUCACAACAUCUUUUUUUGUUGUAAGCAGUAAAUCUUGUACAACUAUAUCUCAACAAAUCUGUAUAUAGGCGUCAAUUUCACCGUGACAUGGAAUCUGUUUGGCUUUGGUUUCGUGCUUCAUUUAUUUUAAAAUUUACAAUGGUAAAUAUCUUAAAGAUUCCCAUUCUGUGUAAAGCAAUUAAGAAAAUUGGUAGAGUCUGUUUAGUGACCCAAUUGCAUUUAUUUAGAUAAAACUCAGACUUCAGCAGUUUUCGUGAUUAAAUUGUAUGUAUUGUUAUAUUUUUUAGAUUUUAAAUUGCUGUACCCAUCGGCCUCAAUACAUAACACAAUGCUAUUCAAGAGAGUAAGAUGGUUCAUACAAUAGAUGGCCUUAUUGGCCUACCCCCCCCCUAUACUUAUCCACCCUAUUCAUUUAAUGAAAGGAUAAAUUAUGAGAGUUCAUUGUGGAUUUAAUUUGUUUGCAUGAGGAAGGAUAUUAGUACAUGUGGUCCUUGUCUUUUUAUAUCUGUGUACAUAUUAAUGCAAUAUAUUUUAUGUCUACCUGAUCAAUUGUUUUUAAAAGUGGACGAAGAUUCGUAAGUAAUAAAAAAUAUAUAUAUGUAAUAUGAUA